CCUCACCAGACCGUCUACGGUGCUGCUGCAGGAGCUUUUUAAGCCUCACAUAUAAGACUCGGUUCUUUUGCGCACAUUUAAUCCCUCGCGAAAAGACGGAACGUUUGCCGUCUCCAGCUCGCUUAUUUACAUCGAGUCCCUGUCACUUUAAUGAAAACGUAAUUAAAAUAAUAUUAAAAUGUUCAGGUAGGAAAACGGAUGUAGUCAGUCGUUGUAAACCCGAGUUUGCCGGUUAAGGAAGUGAAUCUAAAAGCAAUGCUACAGUGCAGUAGCAGGUCGACAGCGGGUUUAGGAAUGACAGCAUUGUGUUUAAUCGCAGCUCUAGCAUUUGUUCUGAAAUCAGAAUGUGUUUUCUCUGAGAACCGGACUGUUGUGACUCUAAACAGCUCUCCAUUGCACACAGACCGUCAGAAUGGAAGUGAGUUUAUAGCGACUUCGUCUACACUGAAAAGCAAUGAAGACAAGUGUGCCAAGGUGAUGACACUGCCUGCCAUCCAGCGCUGCGAGUUUGUUGUGAACACCACAGACUGUCAUAUCGAGGGUGGCUUCAUUAAUUAUCCCUAUAUCACUUUUUGCGUUUUCCCUCCUAAACUCUUACUCCUUGUCAUUUUUUUCUAUGUUCUGUGGCUGUUGAUUUUGUUCCUUAUUCUUGGACUGAUUGCAUCAGAGUUUUUUUGUCCGAACCUCUCUACUAUCUCCUUUACUUUGAGGCUGACACAUAAUGUGGCUGGAGUGACAUUUUUAGCCCUUGGUAAUGGGGCUCCAGAUGUAUUCAGUGCCAUGGCUGCUUUCUCACGUCCACAGACUGCUGGCAUGGCAAUUGGAUCUUUGUUUGGAGCAGGCAUCUUUGUGACCACAGUGGUUGCUGGAAGUGUUGCACUGGUGAAGCCUUUUACCGUGGCAUCUCGCCCUUUUUUGCGUGAUGUCAUCUUCUACAUGGCUGCUGUCUUCUGGACUUUCAACAUUCUGUAUAAGAGAGAGAUUUAUCUGCAAGAAGCCCUAGGGUAUCUUGCAAUGUACUUGCUGUAUGUUAUAACUGUGGUGGUGAGUGCAUAUAUUUAUAACCGUCAGGCACGCACUUUGCAUGAACCGCUACCGAACUCUACAGAGUUUACCCAAGAGGAAGAGUGUGAGCCUUUGAUCUCCUUCACUGAGUCAACCAGUAGCAUUUUCCUGAGAGCUGUUAACCCCAUAGAUUCAAGGAGAUGGAGAAGGAUACACUGGGGCUGGAAAGUGCUCAAGAUCAUUCAGCUGCCAUUUGAGGUGGUGCUGCUACUGACAGUUCCAGUUGUUGAUACUGAUCAAAGGGAAUGUAACUGGAAACGCCCUCUUAACUGCCUUCACCUUAUCACUGGGCCACUGGUGUGUGUGCUUACCUACAAUUCAGGGACAUAUGGUUUGUACCUCAUUGAAGGAGAGUUUCCUGUUUGGAUGCUCACAGCCUUUGUUGGAGCCUUUCUCUCAGGCAUAGUCUACUGUUCCUCCACUAAUGAGCAUCGUCCUUUUUACCACUUUCUCUUCGCUUUAGUGGGAUUUAUAGUGAGUGCUUUGUGGAUCAACACAGUGGCUUCAGAAGUUGUAAGUGUGUUGCACCUGAUGGGCAUCGUCCUUCGUUUGAGUAAUACUGCACUAGGACUCACACUUCUUGCAUGGGGAAACAGCAUUGGAGAUUGCUUUGCUGACAUCACUAUAGCACGACAAGGCUACCCCCGAAUGGCCAUUUCAGCCUGCUUCGGAGGCAUCAUUUUCAACUUGCUUUUUGGAGUUGGUCUUGGGUGCCUUUUGCAGAUGAUCAACCUUCAUGAUGUUGUAAUGCUGGAAUCAGAAGGUUUGCUGUGUUGGGUACUGGCAGCAGCUCUGGGUCUCUCUCUGGUCUUCUCAUUUGUGCUCGUUCCUCUGCAAUGCUUUCACUUGAGCCGAGCCUAUGGCAUCUUCCUCCUGCUCUUCUAUGCUGCCUUUCUUACCAUUGCACUGCUUACAGAAUUUGGAAAAAUCCACAUGUAAACCUGUAUGCACAAAGUGCAGAAUUUUUAACAGUGUAUAAACAAUAUAAAAUUUCAGAAAUAUGUUAUUUUUAAGCAGUGCGACUGCUGAAUCUGGAUGAUUGUUUGAUUUUAUUACACACAACCCUUGUGGUAUUAUUAGAUUACUUUAGUUACUUGUUUUAUUAUUGUUUACUGCCAUUCAUCUCUUACUUACAUACCAGUAUAUGAAAAUGUUUUCAUAUACUUUGGAAAACUGUGAAAACUCAUUUACUAAGAAAUGUAUGAAUCUUGAUCACUUGAUAAAAUAAAACUAAAUUUGAUUA